UCAAGAAGCCAGAUCACUGCACAAACUCCAUUAGUUCGCACAUUAGGCGAGUUAGUCGAAUUAUAUAAUUAAAUAAAGUAAUUCAAUAAGUUAGUGAAUUAAUAAGAAAUUAUUUGCGGCGCUUGCUUCACGAUUGGAGUUGGAUUGGACAAGUCUUUUAUUUUUAAAGAAAAGUGACUGUGCUUAAGAAAAUUUAGUAUUUUUGUUUUAAUUUUAUGGAAUGGAUCAGAACAAAGAGAUCCACAAGGGAAGGCAAGAAACAAUCCCAAAUAACUACGAAACUAAACAGCAUCAGAUAAACUAUAACGUAAAUACAACAAACUAUUCGGAGAAUCACAACCUUUUCCAAAUGAUAAAGUGCCAUGAAGACAGCUUACUAAGACUUCAUCAUUUGACAGCAGGUCGACAAAUGAAUAGCAAUUAUGAGCCCACAUACCAAAAUGAUUUAGCCUGGUACCCCAAAGACCUCCAACGGCAGUAUAUUAAACCGGUUCAGUACUUAGCUUAUGAGGACAUGAGAAGGAAAUACGAUGAUGCGAAGGCUGUCAAAGAGAAGGAAGCACAGAAAGAAUCAGAGGAAGAGAGAGAAGGGAAAGGAGAUGACAGGAAGAAACCUAGGCGGAAUAGAACCACUUUCACGAGUCAACAAUUGGCAGCUCUUGAGAAAGUUUUCGAAAAAACGCAUUAUCCAGAUGCUUUUGUGAGAGAAGACUUGGCUUCUAGAGUUAAUUUGACCGAAGCAAGAGUACAGGUUUGGUUCCAAAAUAGACGCGCAAAAUUUCGCAGAAACGAAAGAUCUGCGCUUUCUAAUCACAGAAACUCAGCAAGCCAGAAUUCUCCAGAACCAAUUCCAGUUCCUAUAGGAAUACCUCAUCAAAUGGACACGAGGCAAGAUUUCACACGAAACACGAAGGAACCUUGGCUUCAUCACUUCCAAACGAACAAUUUGAAUUUGAACCUUGGAAUACCUAUCACAAAUUCUGGACUUUACCAAAAUGAUUAUUCUUUGAUGAUGCAGAACGUGGGAAAUAGACAGUAUAUGUCUAAUACAAACAGUUUGAUGGGACAAAGUAUGGUCAGUUAUAAUGGAACAACUGAAAAUGGAUAUGGAUCUUGUGCGUUAAUUAGUGGAUACAGUAGUCCAUUGCAGCCGGCGCAUCACAGUUCUUACAAUCUGAAUUUAAGACUGAGACCUCAUGAUUUUAGUAUUAAUAAUAUAACUUUAUGAGAUAUAAGAACAGAAUAUGUACAUAUGGUUAAUAUAAGAU